AUUGGAUUCAGGUGUUCCAAUCACCUCCAUGGCCACAGGUGUAUAAAAUCAAGCACCUAGGCAUGCAGACUUCUUCUACAAACAUUUGUGAAAGAAUGGGUCGCUUUCAGGAGAUCAGUGAAUUCAAGCAUGGUACCGUGAUAGGUUGCCACCUGUGCAAUAAGUCCAUCCGUGAAAUUUCCUUGCUACUAAAUAUUCCACGGUCAACUGUUAAUGGUAUUAUAACAAAGUGGAAGCAACUGGGAACAACAGCAACUCAGCCACCAAGUGGUAGGUGUCACAAGCGUGACAGAAGGCCACGUAAAAUGACAGAGCGGGAUCAGCACAUGCUGAAGCGCACAGAGUCUAUAGCUAAAGACCUCCAAACUUCAUGUAGCCUUAAGAUUAGCACAACAGUGCGUAGAGAGCUUUAUGGAUUGGGUUUUCAUGGCCGAGCAGCUGCAUCCAAACCUUACAUCACCAAGUGCAAUGCAAAGCGAUGGAUGCAGUGAUGUAAAGUACGCCGCCUCU